CCAUAGCGUUUGUCGUGAUUUUGUUGUCAAACAAUUUUACAAUAAAACGGGGAUUUUAUUAGUUUUAUCCGAUUGGAACGAUGGCUAUUGUGGAGGACGAGGUCCGGAAUGAGUCGGAGGAGGAAAAUGAGAUCGAAGUGGUCGUAGAGGAAGACGAUGGAGACCAAGAUUCUGAUGAUUCUGACGACGAUGAUGAUGAAGAGGUUCUAGAAAGGAAGGUAGAGGAGUUAGAGCGCCGCAUUGCAGAGGACCCAUACCACUAUGAAGACCAUAUUGACUUGAUACAAGCUUUAUGGGGUUUAUCGGAGCUGGACCGUUGGCGCGCCGCUUUUGAAAGACUGCAGCAGUUGUCAAUAUUGCGUGCAGAAACAUGGCUGCUACGGCUUCAGACCGAAGUCACACUGGCACACUCUGCUGAGUCACGAGAACACAUUGCAUCUUUAUUUCAACAGGCCGCACUAGAUUGCUAUUCUAUCCCAAUCCUCUCAGAGUGGUGUUCGUGGUCUUUAACGGGCCCACCGGACGCGGCGCGUGCGCAGCUCGAAGAAGUACUACGUCGUGGCGGUGCUGACCCGCUAUCGGGGAAGCUGUUUUGGGAUGCUAAAUUGGAACUAGAGAAAACGCAGCUGAGUACUAUGAGUGAAAAUGACCCCGAGUACAAGGCGCAACAAGAACGCGUGCUGUGGUGUCUUGAAGAGACAGUGUCUCGACCUUUGCUGCGGUCGGCGGAGGCUUGGCCGCCAUUGCAGGAGUUAGCUACGGCAGUGCGAGACGACCAAUACAUUGACAAGAUAAAAAAACAACAUGAGGCGGCUACAGAUUACUUAGAGAAAAUUUCACCAUUUGAAGAUAAAUUACUAACAUUAGAGAGUGCAGAUGAGAAGUGCAAUGUGUACCAGGAGUACAUAGAUACAGUGAAGGAACUGUCGCGAGAUGAUAAGUACGCCGAGUGUGACAGUGAUGGAAUAUUGAAGGUAUUAUACGACCGAGCUACGACAGAAUGUCUAUCAUGCUCCCAGGCCUUGCCUUUUCUUCAAUCGUGGGCGCGUCUAGCACAACAGAGGUCAUCUAGAGCCACAUACGGUCGUGUGCUAGACGCGUGUACUAGGAGGUGCCCGACCCAGCAUGUAUUUUGGACCUUGAAAAUGCAGCAAGCCGAACACGAGGGCAAACAUUUUGAUGAGGUAAAGGCAAUAUUCGAAACAGCACUAUCCAAAGGCAUGGAGACGUAUAAACACGCCGAAUCGCUUUGGCUGAGUUAUUUGGAGUUCAUCAGACGGUGCACAGCAUUUGAUAAUGAGGAGGACGUUGAGAGGUUAAGACGUACAUUCCGACUUGCCUGGGAUUCACUUGCUGAGGCAUGGGGUACUGAAGCCAAUGACUGCGAGAUCCCCCUGUACUGGGCGCGUCUGGAGUACAAACGCAUGCAUGAUGCUAAGCAGGGAAAAGACAUAUUUGAGGAGAUAUUCCGAUAUGGUGAGAAUAAAACAAUGUCCAAAUACUGGGAAGUAUUCAUCUUACUAGAAUCAAGUCGAGAUCCGCCAUUAUCAGAGACUAAACUAAGAGACCUGUACAGACGAGCGUUGAAGUUCGUCACAGACUACCCGCCGGCUGUCGCACGAUUGUGGACCGACUAUGAGAGGGAUUAUGGGGCAUUGCCUACGAUGCGAGAGUGUUCCGAAGUAUGUGAGGCUAAAAUAAAAGAAUGGCGCGACAACUACCAAGCGUUAAAAGACAAAAUGACGGGUAAAAACCAGAAAGGUAAACAGCAGAACAAAAAAAACAAGUUGGAUAAACAAAAGAAGAUCAAAGAUGAACCAAAGAAAGGGAAAAGAAAAUCGGACAGUGGUGCUGAAACAUUUGAGGUGAAAAAAAGACGGGAAGAUAUGGAGGUCGAUGAGAGGGAGAGAGACAGAGAUAGUGGGAUAAAACGUCCUCAUGAAGACGAGAAAGACGAGGAUGAAUCCAAAGACAGCAAGCGCCAGAGGACGGAUAGCGCGUCGAGCAGCGCCCGGGCCGGCACCAGAGACGCCUGCACGCUCUUCGUUAGCAACCUCGAAUUCAAGGUAGACGAACAGAAGCUCCGGGACGAGUUGUCCAAAUACGGCGACAUAAUGUCGCUGCGCGUCAAGACUGGCAUCAAAGCUUUCGGAGGCUCCAUAUGCUACUGCCAAUAUAAGACUCCGGAAUCAGUAGACGAAGCUCUCAAACACGACAGGACCCUUCUUAAUGGUAGACCGAUGUUCUUCUCAUCAUAUUCGGCGAAAAAGACCAAACAGUCGUUCAAGUACGCCACUGGAGAAGAGAAGAACAAACUUUUCGUCAAGAAUUUACCCUUCUCGCAUUGCACUAAGGAUGCGCUAGCUGAGAUAUUUGAUAAAUAUGGCAAGUUGAAGGACGUACGGGUUGUUACUUUCAAAGAUGGUAAACCAAAAGGAAUAGCGUACAUUGAAUACCAAGAUGAGUCAGCUGCAUCACAAGCGUUGCAAAACACAAACGGAUUAGAAAUCGCCAAGAGGAAAAUCGACGUAGCCUUUAGCGCUCCGCCGCCGAAGCCGGAAAUCGCUUCUACGUCAGCUACCGCUACCUCUCGUGGCACAGGCGGAGCGAGCGGCAGUGAUGAUGGCUUGCUUGGACAAGGGAAAAGAGACACUGGUGGAGGAAUGCGGCGAACUAAAUUAAGCAGUUUCAUCCCAAGCGUACUGCUGAAGCCCUCUACUAGUAAAGCCACGAACGGAGCCAACGGAGACCACAGCAGCGAGAAGCGACCUCUUUCCAACACAGAUUUCAGAAAUAUGCUGCUGAACAAAUAACUCAAUAAGCUAAUAUUUGUAGUGUAAGAACUAAAAUCUUACUUUUUAUAUUUACAGCUUACGAGUUUUUACGUAUAACGCAUCAUGGCGUUCAAUGGCAUUAAGGGCAGCAUUCUGGCUGCAUCUGUUCAGUUUGGGUACAAUGGGUGCGAUUUCAUAUUCUUCGUUAACUGUGCUAGCGGUCGGGAGAAGUCAUACUAUUUUGCAGCUGCUAUCCAGUCCGAAUGCUGCACUUGCAACUAUGCACUUAAAAUGCAUUAGGCAAUUCAAACUGACUAAUAAUGCGGCUGUCAUCAUACCACGUAUGUUAAUCAUGUUAAUUGCAAAUUUCGGAGAAAGUACUUAAAAUAUUGAAGUUAGGAUAUUUUGUUUCAUGGAGACAUUAUUUUAUUUUUAAAAGCAAGUAAUACUGUAUUCUUCUUAAGUAAGUAAUACGGCAUUCUUCUUCUUGUCCUUAUUCCACGCUACAUGUAUUUUUCGUCCACUCUCCCCUAUCAGCCGUCAUAUCCAUACUCAUACCUUUCUUAACCAUGUCAUCUUUCACACAAUCCAUCAAUCUUUGGUCUUCCUCUCUCCUUAUGUCCCUCUACAUUCAUACAUAACACUCUUCUCGUCACAUGACAUGUCCAUAACCUAUUACUCCUCAUCUUUUCCGUCACUGGCUUUAAGUAAUACAGAUUUUAAAACUUGCUUGCUUCAUCUGGGAAUCGAACCGACCAAAUGUGAAAAAUAUCCUUUAUUUUUAUGAUCUUACCUUAUCGAUGACAUACACUGUAAUCCUCGCUAUCGUGGUUAAACGAUUUGCCAAUGGACGAGUUGAUUGUUGCUCAGGCGUACAGGAAAAGAAUGGCACGUCGUGCGUGGAGGUAUAUGAUGGAAUUUCGAAAGAGCUAGUUAUAAGGAGUAACAUAGCAUUUUAAAUUAAAAGAAUACCAUAAAAUUAUACAUUUAAAUUU